CUCCCACAGCCAUACUAACGUUUUGGGAGCGCUAGUCAGUCAGUCCUCUCUGUUUCACAUUUCUCUCUCUCUUACGCGGUAGAGAUGUGGCCAAGUGCAGAAGGAGGGCCGCCGGAGGUAACUCUCGAGACCUCCAUGGGUUCUUUCACCGUUGAGAUGUACUAUAAGCACGCGCCAAGAACCUGCAGGAACUUUAUUGAGCUCUCUCGCAGAGGUUAUUAUGACAACGUCAAGUUUCACAGAAUCAUCAAGGAUUUCGUUGUGCAAGGUGGGGAUCCCACUGGGACUGGAAGGGGUGGAGAAUCUAUAUACGGUCCAAAAUUUGAGGAUGAAAUAAACCCACAGUUAAAGCAUACUGGAGCUGGUAUUAUGUCCAUGGCAAAUGCGGGCCCUAAUACAAAUGGAAGCCAGUUCUUUAUUACCUUGGCGCCAACACAAUCACUGGAUGGAAAGCACACUAUAUUUGGAAGAGUAUGCAAAGGAAUGGAAAUCAUCAAGAGACUUGGUAGUGUUCAAACUGAUAACACAGACAGACCCAUCCACGACGUGAAGAUACUGCGGACAAUAGUCAAAGAUUGAUAUCCGGUAACUGCUUCAAAUGAUGUCUGUUUUUGCAGCCAAAAUGAUCAUACGCCUGGGGAGGUGUUAUAUGUCCUCUAUUUAGAAUGUGGUAGACUCUUGUUGGGUUUGCUUGUACUUCCAACAUAGGUAGUCCAUGCUGAAACUGAAAGAAUGCAUCUUUAUGAACAUGGCCAUCUAACAAAGUUGGGUUUCUGUUUUAUGUUGGUUUUAUUUUUAUUGGAAUUAUUUUGUCGUCGUUUUUGUCUCUGCUUUGUGUUGCUUGUUCCGUUUCUCAUAGUAAUUUUAAGGAAGG